AGAUAUUAAGAUCAAACAAUCUCAUCCUCUCAGCCAGUCAAGAGAACUCCCGAUAAAAGAAAAAGAAAAUUAUUGAAAACCCCCUCCCAUGGCUUAAACCUUGCAAAAAAACCCCUCCCCAUGGCCUCAAUUGCCACUUCUUUUGGAAUUUCAUCCAAACCCCGCAUUCCCUCUUCCUUCUCCAUAAAAUCUCCGACCCUUUUCAAAGCUCCUCAUCUCCAUCUAUCCACUCACUUCCGAGGUCCUUCCAGAUCCUCAAGCCCUAGAAUUCUCUUCCCUGCUAUCAGAGCAGGCAUUCAGAUUCCGGAUAUAAUCCGGCCUCGAAAUGGUGUCGAGACGGAUAAGCUGCCGUCGGAUGUCCGCAAGCGAGCGAUGGAUGCUGUCGAUUCGUCCGGAGGGAGGGUCACGAUCGGAGAUGUCGCGAGCCGGGCGGGAUUGAAGUUGGACGAGGCCGAGAAGGCUCUGCAGGCGCUUGCAACUGAUACCGGCGGGUUCUUGGAGGUUUCAGAUGAAGGCGAUGUGCUUUAUGUUUUUCCAAGGGAUUAUAGGUCAAAGCUUGCAGCCAAAUCUUUUAGGUUGAAAGUUGAGCCUUUGUUUGAAAAAUCAAAGGCUGCAGCUGAGUACUUAAUCAGGGUUUCAUUUGGGACCGCACUAAUUGUUUCAAUUGUACUUGUUUAUACAACAAUUAUUUCUCUUCUUUCAAGUAGAAGUGAUGAAGAUAAUCGUGGAAGACGUGGAGGAAGAUCAUAUGACUCGAGUUUCGCUGUUUUCUUCCGCCCAUCUGAUUUAUUUUGGUACUGGGAUCCAUACUACUACAGAAGGCAAAGGAUAAGAACAGAUGAUAGGAUGAACUUUAUUGAAUCUGUUUUCUCAUUUGUAUUUGGCGAUGGGGAUCCAAAUCAAGGAAUUGAAGAAGAACGAUGGAAGUUGAUAGGACAGUACAUAGCUUCGAAUGGAGGUGUUGUCACAGCAGAAGAGCUAGCUCCGUAUCUUGAUGUAUUGCCGAUUAAGGAAUCUAUGGAUGAUGAAUCAUACAUUUUACCUGUGCUACUUCAGUUUGACGGGCAUCCAGAAGUAGAUGAAGAGGGGAACAUUGUCUAUCGGUUUCCAUCACUACAACGAACAGCUUCGUCUCAGCGGAGCGGAAGAAAAGAAUAUGUUGGGAAAAAGUGGGCUGAGUGGGUUGGAGGGGUUGAGAAAUUUUUCGAGGAAAAGAAAUGGCCAUUCAGCAAAGCAGGAACAUCGGAGAAGGCGCUGGUUAUAGGAUUGGGCGGGCUCAAUCUUUUUGGCGUUAUUGUUCUCAGCAGCAUGUUGAGGAAUGUUGCAGUUAUGCCAGGGGGAUUUAUUUCGUUUGUUUCUGACAUAUUUCCUCUACUUCAGAUCUAUGCUGCCUCUUUUUUUGCAAUUCCACUAUUUCGGUGGUUCCUAGUGCGUCAGACAAAUGCACAAAUUGAGAAGAGGAACCGUGCAAGAGAACAGCGAGCUCAAGCACUUGAGAUGCCUGAUUCAGCCCUCAGAAGAAAGCUGCUGAGUGCUCGAGACAUGGCACGCCAAACAGUCAUUUCGCCUGAUCGGAUCGUGUACAGCACCGAAAAGGACUUCUCUGAGCAAGACUACGAGGCGGGAGAUUGGGACCGUCGAUUUCGCGAACUAUAGAGAUCAGAUUGAAAGUGCCAGAAAAUGCGCAUUCAGAAAAUACUCAUCCCAUUUGAGACAUGAUAGAGAGAAAAGUAAAAGGAAAAAAAGAAGAAGAAAAACACUAGUGUAGGUAAAUGAAAAUAGCUUUUUAUUGAAAAGGGUCUGUACCAUAUCAAUACCCAAUAGCAUAUAUGUGGUACAUGCACUUGCAUAUACUGCACUGGAAAAAAGUGAAGCAGGACAGUCGCAGAGAUGCUGCAUUGUGGGUUUUAUGCAUUUGUUAUGUUUAUACAGUUGAGGGCAUUUUAGUCGCCCAAGUAAUUCAUUUCAAUUGUCACACUA